AUGCCACGGUCUUUCUUGGUCAAGAGUAAGAAGGCCCAUUCACAUCACCCGUACCGUUCCUGGGAUGACGACCCUCUUGUCCCGAUGUGGGAUCUGGCCACGGCAGCGCCCUGUUCCGCAGGUACAGAGGCCAGGGACCCAUCGGGGGCCUUCGGUGGCACACGCGAUCGAGACUUCUCUCCCCAUAAAGAGCCAAGUGGCCCCGAUGAAGCCACAAAAGAAAACAUCUCUGCUCAGAGUGUGACACCUGCAUCGGAGCCCCCGACUCCAGCUCUGAAACCUGACGGCGUUGGCAGCCCUGGGGGGGACGGGGGGCCCCCCUACCACAAGCCUGGCUUCUCCUGGGAUGCCUUCCACCCUCCUCCGUACGCCUACCGGCCCAUGUCUUCCGCUCUCCUGGAGCGCUCCAUCAGCAUCUACGGGAGCCACCUCCUCCCGAGCAUGGAGCCCCCUCUCGAUUACAGCCUGCGCUAUUCCUCAACUGUGGAGACCUACCACUGCGUGAUAUGCGACAAAAUCUUUUCCACCCCUCACGGUCUGGAGGUCCACGUCCGAAGAUCGCACAGCGGCACGCGGCCUUUCGCUUGUGAGGUUUGCGGCAAAACGUUUGGGCACGCGGUGAGCUUGGAGCAGCACGCCAACAUCCACUCGCAGGAGAGAAGCUUUGAGUGCAAAAUGUGCGGGAAAACCUUCAAGCGGUCCUCGACCCUGUCCACCCACCUCCUGAUCCACUCAGACACGCGGCCGUACCCCUGUCAGUACUGCGGAAAGCGCUUCCACCAGAAGUCGGAUAUGAAGAAGCACACCUACAUUCACACGGGAGAGAAGCCGCACAAGUGCCAGGUGUGCGGCAAAGCCUUCAGCCAGAGCUCUAACCUCAUCACCCACAGCCGCAAGCACACCGGCUUCAAGCCCUUCAGCUGCGAGCUCUGCGGGAAAGGCUUCCAGCGCAAGGUGGAUCUGCGGCGACACCGGGAGAGCCAGCACAGCCUCAAGUGA